AUGGAAAUCGAUAAGGAGGUCGUUGAGACGAUAAUUGAAACCGCUAGUCACGCUGGUAUCCCAUUCUGCUUGAAUGCCGCGCUAGCGAGCCCGAUCAACCCCGAACUUUAUAGGUUCAUCACGCAUCUCGUGGUCAACGAGUUCGAGGCUGCGAUAAUGUCCGGCCGUAUGCCGGAUAAUGUGACGGAGAGCACCUGGCCAAGUAUUGCCCAGGACUUCCUGAACGUUGGGGUCGAGAACGUGGUUAUCACAUUGGGUGCAAAAGGUGCCUUCUACGCCGAUAAAAAGGUCUCCGGGCACUGUGCUGGAUAUCCCGUCUCCGUCGUGAAUACAACCGGAGCAGGCGACACCUUUACAGGUGCGUAUGCGGCCGACUAUGUGCGUCAGAUAUCCAGUGCAUCUGGAGAAUGGGAUAUUGAGAGUGCCGUCGUUCGCGCGAACAAAGCUGCUGCUAUCUCUGUUGGGAGGAUGGGCGCUCAGGGGCACAUUCCUUGGGCGGAUGAAAUUGAUCAGUUUGACAUAAUGGCAGAGAUGACUUUUGAUUAA